AGUGAAUAUGGCGGCAAAAGAGACUGGACCUGAAAUCAUCCACGGUUUCUUUUUCACCCCCUUUCCUUCCUCCAUCACCACCACCAACCCCUCCUUCUCUCUGACGACUUGGCUCCUUGCUGUGCCUGAAACCAUUGCUCACAUUCUCCUCCGCUUCCUUCCCUUUCCACACAUCCAAGGCAUUCUUUAUGGGAUCUGAUCUAGAUCGCCAGAUCCAGACACUGCUUCAAUGCAAAAUCAUCACAGAAGCCGAAGUCAAGGAGUUAUGUCUAAAGGCCAGAGAAAUCCUAGUUGAGGAGAGUAAUGUCCAGCGGGUCGAUGCUCCUGUCACUGUCUGCGGAGAUAUCCACGGUCAAUUUCAUGACCUCAAAAAGCUUUUUGAGGUUGGUGGCGAAUGUCCAAAAACCAAUUAUCUUUUUAUGGGCGAUUUUGUGGACAGAGGACACCACAGUGUAGAGACCUUCCUGCUCUUGCUGGCUCUCAAGGUUAGAUAUCCGGAUCGGAUCACUCUUAUACGUGGCAAUCACGAGUCACGACAGAUCACCAAGGUCUACGGGUUUUACGACGAAUGCUUCCAAAAGUUCGGCUCCGCGAACGUGUGGAGGUACUGCUGCGAAAUUUUUGAUUACUUGAGUCUAUCGGCCAUUAUCGACGACCGUAUCUUUUGUGUGCACGGAGGACUGUCGCCGUCAAUCAACACCAUCGAUCAGAUCCGGACGAUCGACAGAAUGCAGGAAGUCCCCCAUAAUGGAGCAAUGUGCGACUUGCUGUGGUCAGACCCCGAUCCGGACUCCUGCACAGGCUGGGGAUUGAGCCCCCGUGGCGCCGGUUUCCUCUUUGGCGAGAGUGUCGCUAAGCCUUUUUUGCACAAUAAUGGACUGGAGUUGAUUGCCCGCGCGCAUCAAUUGGUCAUGGAGGGCUACAAGCUGAUGUUUGACGACACGGUUGUAACUGUUUGGUCAGCACCUAAUUACUGCUACCGAUGUGGCAAUGUUGCGGCUAUUUUGGAGGUGGAUUCGAACUUAAACAAGAGUUAUACGAUCUUUAGAGAUUCGGAGCGCAAUUCGAUGAACUCGCGAUCGACCCCGCAAAGAGAAGGACCUCCAGACUACUUUUUGUAACAGAUGAAGGGAAAGAACGAAGCAUGGACAGGAGUAGUAGCAGCACGCCAACAAAAGCAGGGCAAAAAACAUAAUUGGGCAUGUACAAUACGACAAUCAUCAUAUCCCCUCACUUGGACAAAUACAAAUCAUUGUGAAAAAGUUUUAUUGUAUUGGAUUUGUUUUUAUGCGGUGAGUAGUGGUAG